UGGAAAGGCCACGGUUUGUUUUGAAACAGUAAAGCAUAAAUAUUUGUUGUGUAUUGCUGAAAACAAAAUGCCAAGUAAAACACCUAAGAAAGGCAAUACAGCUUCACAGAAAAGAUCACCAGGCACUCCCAAAUCUCCAGGAUGGGUGUCAGGAAGAGAUGCUGUGUUCAUAUCACCAAAGUCUUUGUCUCCCAAAAUAGCAAAUAAAAGAAGGACAUCUGUAUAUCAGAAAACAAAAAUAAUGUCACCAGGACUGAAGAUACCAAUUACACAAAUCAUUUCACCUAAGGGUGUCCAGACAAGAUCAAGAAGAUCUUCAAUGUUCGGCGUCUAUAGAAAGGGAGGAAUAAGGUUAAUAGAUAUUCCUAUCACACCUGAAGCGAAAAAGAUUUCACCAACCAAAACUCGAACACGAAGGACAUCUGUAUAUCAGAAAGACAUCACAAAAGAUACUCAACAGAGAACAAGAAGGAGGACAUCUGUAUACCAGAACAACCUAACAAAAGAUACUCAACAGAGAACAAACAGGAGAACAUCAGUGUAUCAAAAGCCCAAAGAUGUCCAACCAAAACAAGUAACAAACAAAGCGUCAGAACCAAUCAAACAACCGACUAGGAGGGUCAGAAAUAGGAGUCCAGUAAUCAAACCACCGACUAGGAGGGUCAGAAAUAGGAGUCCAGUAGAAACAGAAGUCUUCAUAAAUGUUAAGAAACAAGUUAUUCAAUCUCCUGUAGUCAGUCUAGUAGAUGUCAUCUCACCAGGUAAGAUGCCAUCACAUCAGAAUUCACCUGUUAUAAACAAGUCAAAGUCAGAGGGAACUGUACGAACUCCGUCCACUGCAAAAAAAUCUCAGGGAAUAACACAGCUUCAAAAGAGUGUGUCAGCAACACAAAGUUUCAAAACUCCAAAACAACAUGUAAGUUCCUCUAAAAAAUCCAGUGUGAGGAAGUCCAGCAGAAAGACAUCUACCAAAAAACUGAGUCCUAAUGAAUCAAAACAAAUACUGGUAGUAAGAAAUACUCCAGCAACAGCCAAAAAAGGAUCUGUAGCAAUUACAGAUGAAGAAAGUUUGUUAAUAACUUUCAAAACACCUGCUCCACUUGGAUCAAUCAGUAGGUCUGCAAGAAAGCGCAAGGCAGUAGAAAAGAUAAGUCCACCUGCAAAAAAAUGUAUCCUUGACCUUUCACCUGUGGAAAAAGUUCCAUUUAAAACACCAUACAAGUUAGAUAAAUCUCCUGUUCUGUUGCUGAGAAGAACACCUUUAACGGAUGUAUUCACUAGUACACCAAGAGAGAUACAACCAUCUAACACUCCAUUGAAACCUUCAAUAUCAACCUUAGGAAGAAAAAGUUUAAAGCGAUCUAGACAUACAUUAAGUAAGACCAAAAAAGUUUCAAUAGUUUCUGAUUUAAAAACUCCAGACAGUAACAGACGAAGCUUGACAGCUAGGAGGAAAGGUACACCUGCCAAAGUCAGUAUUGAGAACCGUGAAUCAUCAUCUAAUGUAACAUCGUUAGGAGAUAGCCAAGGGAAUCAAACAAUUACCUCCAUAGGUAACACAACUUCUCAUUCUAGUGCUGGUAGAUGUACUAUUCUUUAGAGGUUGUAGUUUAUUAUAUUUAAUAUUUGUAUUGUGAUCAGAAAUUAGAACUUUUCCUAUUUUUGUAGAAACUUUUCUAUAUGCAAGUACAGUUCAGUACAUAUCACAUGUGAAAUGCUAUCAUACUUUUAUGAAAAUACAAUUGUCAAAACUAUGAUUUAUCAUUACAUUUUUAUGUUUCUUAGGGUUGUACGCUUACCUUGUUUCUAAUAUGGCAUACAACAAGACUUGAACCUGUCAAAUUCUGUUUUACUGAAAAGUAAACAUUGUCAGUGUCGAGAAAUAAUGUAAACAUAAUACAUAAAAAAAGAGUUGAGCAUGCAGAACAUUUGCUUCUAUAUAAACUGUUAAAAUAUUAAUCAGUUACACAAUGAAAAGUUACUAUGGAAUCCAUCUGUUUAUUACAUAACACUUGUUAGUGGAUACAUUGUACAUUUAUACAGGUCUGUUUAUAUUUAUAAUGAUGUUAACUUUCUAUUCUGGGUUUUUGAUGUGCAAUUUUACAAAUAUUUUCUUUGUCACAAUACCUCAUGACAGGUAGUUUUUCUCACCCUUGUCCUUAAUCUUAUGGGGGAUAGUCGUAGCAUUGGCACUCAUACAGCAUAUCUAUAUUUUUAUAUCCAUGUCUUAUUUGCUGGUUGUGAACUUGCUGCUGUACAAUUAUAAGCAAAUGAAAUUAUACUGUGCAAGCAAAACCAUAAACUCCUUAGAAAAUGAUUGACGAGAAUUUUUUUACGGGUAUCUUCAGUAAGUCAUAAUUCAACUUAAUGCAUAACAAAUUUAAUUUACAUAUUUAUAUUAUAGUGAUAAUAAUAAGAAAAGUUCUAAUUCUUGACCUUAUGUUUUAUCGAGAUCUCAAGAGAUGGAAGGAAAUGGCAUUAAUGCAUUUUAUUAAUGAUUUAUGUAUAUAAGUUUGUUAUUUAUUUUUUGUUAAGAAUUAAAUGGUGAUAGACUGGAAACCAAUAAAAAGUUGAAGCAUUUUGUUUACCACAGCCUUUAAGAUAUCAAUCAGAAAGUUACUGAGUAAGACUGAUUAUUGUUAUUUAGUACCGAACUGGUCCUUUUUUCUUUUUUAAAUAUUUGUGAAAUUUUGGUUAUAAAUGAUCAGUUAUAGAAUAACUAAUAGAAGAGUUUGAAUAUUAAAAAAAAUAUUCAUUGAGUGACCAAACAACACAUUAAUUCACUAGUACUACCUCUAUUGUUGGUCAUCCACAACCACCAUUUUUAUGCAAAUUUUCUUUAAAAUACCAUUUCACAGGUGGGAAAAUACAUGAUUUAUUUUACAUUUGAAGAAUUAGUUUUUAUAUGACUUAAAGUAUACAAAAUGACUUUUUUGUUUCAAUUUGCAUACUACUUUCAAUUUUGUUUGAGGUAAUUUAUUGGAGUCCGUCACAUAGUUGAUUGUUUAAUCUGUUUUGAUUUAUUUUGGGAGAGUGUUGUUUAGAAAGGUUUAUGCAGAAUGAUUGAGAAUCUAUAAUAAUGUGUUCAGAUGUAAAUAGGUUGUGCUUGCAAUAGGCAAGAUUGGACAGAAUUUAGUAUGUGGCAAUGGAUUAACUCUCAAUUUAAACAUAUUUGUAUAUUUUAUUUGAUAUUAUUUUUACUUAAGAAAUUUUAUAUUUACACCAGCAAGUGAACAAGUUUUAGAAGGAAUAUUGAUCAAGGCCACACCAUAUUUUUAUCUAUGAAUUCUUUGGAAUUUAUGUCAUCAAUUUUUUUCACCAUAUUUACUGUUUUAGAGAAUAACAUUCCCUUUUGAGCUUUUUUUAACAAUUCAGUGAACAAAUGGAUUGUAAGUGUUAAUUCCAGUAAACCUCCAAAAAUUGGAAAUGUCACACGUUUUUCUGACAUUCCUUUUUGUUGCACCUUCAGGACACGAAACAAAAUAACAAAUAACUAGUCUGUUUUCCUUUUCAAUGACCUGUAAGGAUUGAAUUAUUAAUUUGGUGUUGUUUUGAUAUAAUAUUUUUUUUUAAUUGAGAAAAUUUUAAGAAUUUGUAUUCAUUAUGAUCAUGUUAUUUAUCUCAUUGACUCUAGAUUAUAUUUGGAGUAUAAAUAUAUUUCUUUCUCCUAAUUUCUUCUUUGUCUAUCUUUCCUUUGUCCAUUUAUUUGUAUGAUCAGAUUUUAACAUGGUUUAAUUUUGUAAAACUUUAUAAACAACAAAUGCUCUUUUGAUUUUAACUUUAUAAAAAAUAAUACUGAUGUGGUACGGGUUAAACAAUCAUUUUGGUGGUAGUAAGUCAUUUCAGAAAGACAGAUGAUUGUGACAAUACAGAAGUAAUACAUGUAGUUAACAGCACAAAUAAAAUAGAAUACUAUUCAUACUGAUAGAUGGACAGUUUUCAUUCUUUUCUUCUUACUUUGUAAGAUGCCACAGAUGUACAUUGUGUAUACAUAUAUUUUGUAAAUAGAGCUAAAAACUGUCAUGGUGGAUUUAUUAGAUUUACUAUGCAGUUUAAAUUCACAGCUUGUAUCUAAAAUGAUUUUUUGUGAGGGGAAUGUAUUCUUUAUACAGAUAACAGUUUUGCUACAUGUUUGAUUUUUUUUUUUUUUUUUUACAUUUUCCUUAGUGUCAAAUAUGCAUUAUCUUUUUAUGCUGAUGAGACUAUUAAAUAGUAUUGGCCAUGUAUUUCAAUGUGCUGUUUCUUUAUUCCAGUUUUUUCUUUUAUUUAUUUUUUUAUUUCUACAUAUAAACCUUAUUUUAAACUAUAGUCUUUAUCAAACAUUUAGUUUAAAAUUUUAGUUUUUAGAAAUAUUCAUCAAUUAACUUUUUAUGAUUGUAUUUGAGCAACCACUGUAAGCAGGAAAGUGUUGUGGAUUAACAUAUUAUUAACAAUUAAAUUUCAUUUAAAAGAUUUAAUUUUUUAUUUAAGAUGCUGUUAUCUGGUAAAAUACGUCAGUAUGAUAGAGUCAACGGGAGGGAGUGAUAUCUAAUGCUUUUGUCAUAAACUACAAUUAAUGUGUUCUCUAAUUAGUUUUAUCUUCAUCAUGUUUUAAAAAAUUAUGGAAUAUAUAAGGGCAUUGUUUGUCAUUUGAUAUGACAAGGAAAAUAAUUAUGAGAAAAUUUGUCACAACUUGUACACAAGACAAAAGGAUAGUUUAAGGAUGUAGUGUUUGGACUCCUUGGUUUUUUUCCUGCGAUACAGGGUAAAAUAUUUUGCCCCAUAUCACCCACUUUUCUUUUCAUAGAAGUCUUCAAUAGCUCAUAAAAAGGUCAUAACCUAAAUUCAAGCAGAUUCAAGAGUUUUUUUCUUACAAAUUGAGACCCAAACAAUGCCAAUGCUAAAUAUAAGGUAAAAGUCCUAGUCAGCCUUUUCCCUCCAUUUUUAAAAAAUCAAAUAUCUCUAAAAGGAGUUCCAUAAUCAAUAUUUUUAGCUUAUUUUAUUCCUUAACUGAUGCUCUUUUGACUAAUAGUAUCAAUUUUUAAUUCUAGAUUUUUUUUUAAUUUCACCUAACUACAUCCUUAAACUACCUUGUUUUCAGCAUUCUUUAUGUAAUAUUGAGAAAUUAAAUUGAUAGACUUGGAGAGCUGGAGUAUGAUGUUUUUAAAAAAGGAGAUUCAUAAGACUGAAAGAUUAUUUAAUUAUCAAUACUAGUUAAAGGAGACAGACUGUGAUUGGAAAAUGGGGGGAAAUGAAGAUAGAAGGUUAAUGACAAAAGUAUUAUUUUGUAUUGUCGUGAGUGGAAAGUACAGUGAGAUGUAAAAUAAAUGUAAAUACUGACUUUGUUGGCUCUUCCAAUGGCAGCUGGAGAAAACAAGUUUUGUGUUGUAGCUUUCUUAGUAUCUUAAUUUGCUGAAAUAUUAUUUUAUGUAUUAAAUCAUUUUAUCAUCUGAA